GUGUGCGCACACAAGAAUGACGUGUACACACGCGCUUGCCAAACGCCAUCAGGACCAGAAACGCAACGAAAGUAUCACGUCGAAUCGCCGAAAAUUAGGCUGAGAUGGACAAAUGCGAGUGUUCUAAGACUGCGUCUGGUACGUGCGGACAGAACUGCAAGUGCACCAACUGUACAUGCGCUAAAGACAAAAAAACUUGCUGUUCCUCCGGUUGCACAAAGGGCGCGAGCAGCUGCGAAAGCGCUAGCAAGGAUAAGGACAAGUGCGACACUCGCUGCUGCAAAUGAUGGCGUAUGAUGUCCUCUGAUGCGCGUUGCGGCUUGUACAAUUCUGUUGAACUAAUUAAAUAAAAUUCACUCUAAUAAUUUA